GUCGUCCCGGUAGAUCAGUAUCCACUCCGACGCUGAUCCUAGCAGCACGAAAUGGGCUCCACAGUAUUCCUGACGCCUGGGAUUACUCUGAUAAUUGCAGUCGCUUCAUUGUCAGUGUCUGCAGGAGAGUUGGCGCAUACUUCCGAAGCAAAGUCUCAGCAUCCGGUGGUGAAUACGACUGUUAAAACGACCGUAACUCCCAGGACAUCAAACUCAGGACACGAUGCUGGUAAAUCGGCGGCUUGCUUGAUAUACGAAAUCGUUGUCACGAAUCACAUCACAAUAAGCCAAUUCAAUCAGGGGUCUGAGGAAGUGACACAUGGGUCUCUGGAAGCGACAACAGAUAAACCAAAUCGUUGCCCCUGUGUCCUUAAAGAAGACUCAGAGAAGAAUCGGUAUGACCGGCCUGAUUACGAAAAAUAUGUCGGAGUUGGUUCUUACAAAUUGCACCAGUCACCGAGGACCUGGUCGGAGGCGAAGACGAUCUGCGAAGAAGAAGGCGCCCAUCUGCUGGAAAUUAACUCAAAGACAGAAGAGGAGGUCAUAAAGAGACUCAUAGCCCGUCAUCGUCGCUUGUUUACUGGAUUGCGCCACAAGAGACAAGAAGACUACUUCGACACAGUUGCUGGUGAACCUGUCAGAUUGACUGAGUAUGGAAAAUGGAUCAAGAAAUCAAAUUCCAGCGCUAGCAGUGACUUAUGUGGCGCCAUAUCGUUCACAGGGGAUAUUGUAAAAGUGUGCUGUAACGACAUUAAUGGGUUUAUCUGUGAGAUGCCAGCGUAAACCCGGCGUCCACACCAACUGACAUAACCGACAUGUCUGCUACUGAUGGGUUCUUGCAUUAAUAAUCUUUGUUGACAAGUUAGUGAAAUAAAUUAUCUGUAAUGUGUUGAAAAUAUUGUUACAAAUAUCUGUAUUACAGCUACUUGUAGAUUUUAAUGUGCCUUCAUUUGAUCCUGUGGAAUCUGAACAGACAUUUUGAGUACCCCAACUGUGUUAUAAUGUUGAGUACAUGCUUCAGCACAAAGGAAGAAGGAAAUGUUACUCAUAGGAGCAUUUAGUGAUAUACAGUAUUUUUC